AUGUCAAUUUACAACUCAUUUGUCCAGCCAUUGUUACAUUGUAAAAUUAUAUACAUGCAAAGUACUCACAUCAACAACCUAGCGUUACUGUAUGGUUUUGGCAAAGUACUCACAUCACCUUUGUUGGGACCUCAUCAUGUUUCUCCAAAUAGAUUCAACAGGAAGAUUCUUUUCUGUUACCUUCUUCUCUGUGUUGCUAUCACAAUUAUUGGGCUAGCAGUAAGAGGCGACGUAAAUUUCGGGAUAUUGAAAGGAGCUGAAAGAUAUAAUGAGGGAAGAACAGACAGUAAGGGACAAGUUGUUGAAUCAGAAAUUGGAGUUGUUGCAGCUGACGAUGCUCGGUGUUCGGCUGUUGGUGUUUCAAUGCUUAGGCAAAGUACUCACAUCACCUUUGUUGGGACCUCAUCAUAG